CUAAAAAUCUCACCAGAGGUCAGCCCCCACUUCAUGCUUGGGCUCUGGUGUCAGCCCUUCAAAACCCACACAUUCAUAACUGUCUCAGAAUCAGACACCCACCCCUAUGGCUAGUUCAGACUUUCCUUCAUGCAGCCUGGGCCUUUGAUCUUGGCCUCGUGUAAUGGGUGAUCAGCAGACAGGGGCCCGCUCCUAAAGGUGUAGCUUCAAAAGGCCGGGGGGUUGCACAACCAGAGGUGGGGAAUUUGCAUACAAUCCCAGUCCACAAUAAUACAUACACCAUUCGUUCAAUACAGUGGGCCCCAAAGAUACUUGAACUUAAUUCAAAAGGUCACCCAAGGAUGUUUCAGGAAAUUGCUACAUCUGUCAGUGACUUGACCACAGCCCACAAGUACUUACAUAAAGAGAUGAUACUGGGUAGCAGGCAAAGAUGGAACAAGAUCCAAUGGCUGGGAACUGAAGUUUAAAAAAAACUCAACUGGAAAUUAGAAACACGUGAUGAUGGUUACUAUUUGGACAAGCACACUCAGGGAUGAGGUGCAUGCGCCAUCAAUUGGACUCUUUCAACCAAGCUCAGCCGUCUUUCUAAAAGAGAUGUUCUUCUUCAACCACAAGGUGCUGUGCUAGACGCUGCAGGAAUCCCUGAGUGAAAUUCUGUGGCCUGUGUUAUCCAGGAGGUCAGACUAAGGGUCCAUAAAGGUCCUGACUGGCUUUACUAUUGAUGAAGCUACUCCCUUAGAUCAGUGUCCUUCUAAUGGCAAUGAACCCUACAGUCUGAUUAUGUCCUGUGUAAAGAAGUGUUAACAUCUACUUGCUCAGCCAUAGCUGCCUUUCCACCAUCUUCUGGACCUGUGCCUCUGACGCUAUCAUGUGUCAGGUUGUUCUCCCAUUCAGUCAUUGACAUAACUGUAAGAAGCAGAAAUACUGAUCUGCAGCACUCUUACCAAAUGCAUCCCCAUUUGCCUGGCAUAUUGUGCUCUCACUUAUUUUGCUUGUUCCUUAUUUUGGUAAUUUCCUUUUAUUUUAUUUUGUGGAGAAGGCACUGGAUUGGGGUUCAGGAGAUGUGAGUUCUAGUCCCAGAGCUGCCUCCCACUGUCUGAUCCUGGGCAAGUCACUUAAUUGCUCUGUGCAUCAGUUUCCAACCUGUAAAAUGUGAAUAACAACACUUCCUUUCGCCCACCCUUGGGUUGUCUUGUCUAUUUUUUAUUGUAAGCUCUUCAAGAGUAGGAACUGUCCUAGCACACUGGGGCCCUGAUCUUGGCUGGGGUCCCUAGGCACUACUUUAAUACUACUACUAAUAAUUAGUAAUAACUUUUGAAAGGGCUACCAUUCUGUGUUAAUCUUUAAUGGGGUGUCAGGGGUUCUCUAUUUCAUUCCUUGUUAAGUUACUCUUGUUGGGGAACAUUGGGAGAAGCUGGUACCUAUAGAAAACUGCCCUCCUUUACUUAACUCAGAAGUCCUUAUUGCAAAACACAGUGCUUGUAUUAAACUGGAAAUAUAUGGGAAUAGAUGUCAGGCCAUCAUGCCACCAUCAGAGGAGACCAUUUGGAAUCUGACCCUCCCAAUCAUUAUGUUAGGGGCCUCUCUCUUUUAACAAAGGAUGUCUUCCCAUCAGUUUCUGUUUGUCAGCGUUUGAGGUGAGUCUGUAAAUCUAUGAUUUUUCCCAUUCCCAUUGGCCAUGGAGAGAACAGGAAGUGCUGCAUUGCCCACAACAUGCUCAUGCCACUUGCAGUUUUGCAUUGUGAUGAUGACUAUAAUCACAUCUCAUGCUUCAGGGCUUUAGUUGGUCACCUGCAGGGGUCAGAAAGAAUUUUUUCCCCGAUGCACAAUUGCCCAGACGUAGUCUUGGGCAGGGGGUGGGGGCAUGGGAAGGGAGUUAGGUUGGGUUGGGGUUUUUUUUGCCUUCCUCUGAAGCAUCAGGGAUUGACCAGAGGAGGAGACAGAACAACAGAUGGGAUGGAUCAGUGCUCUGAGGUGGUAUAUGGAGGCCUUUUUCUCUAUACCUGGCUGGUGCGCCAUGUUCACGUGCUCAGUGUCAAACUGAUUGCCAUUUUCAGAAUCAGGAAGGAAUUUUCUCCCUGGGCAACUGGCAGGAACCUUGGGAGUUUUCACCUUCUUCUGUAGCAUGGGGCCUGGUUUGCCUGCUGGGAUCACCUGGGCAGAUCUCACCAAAUCAAUUCCCUGCCACUGCAGGGACCUUGAGCAUAGGUGACACCUUGGUCUCUCCUGUUCUUUGUUUGUGGAACACAACAGUUUAGUUUCCUGAGGAGUUAAAAUUGCUUUAAUCUAACCCAAAUUAUUGAGCUCAAUAUAGGGGUAACUGUGUGAAAUGUAAUGGCCUGUGAUAGGCAGGUAGUCAGAUUAGAUGAUCUAAUGGUCCCUUCUGGCAUUAGAUGCUAUGAAAUUAUGGGUUGGUGUUGCCCUUUUAAGAGGGGACAGGUGAAAUGUUGUCGUGGAGGAGGCGUGACUCAAGGACAUUAACCUGCAUAUUUUAGUGUAAAUUCCUUAAAAACAUUUCCUGGAGGCACAGAGUGAAUUGACCUAUUAAGAUACAGUAAAUGCAGCAACUUACUUUGGAAAGGAACGAGGAAGUUUUGAAGCCCUUCGUUUAAAACCCAGACAAGCCAGGGUUGAAAGAUUUAAAGGGGGAAGUGUGUGCCUCCGGCUAGGAAGAAAAGUAAUUUAUGGAAGCUGGCCCCAAAAGCAGCAAUGCAGCUCGUGCAAUAAAAUGAAAAGAGCGGAAUAUUUAAAACUAUAAAUGAGGAAAGAGACAUUUCCCCAAGCUUGAGAUCUUUCUAAGGUUGGAAAGUGAAAUCAAAGUAAUCUCCAUUGUCAUCUUUGGGAACCCGACAAGAGCUGAAGAUGGCCACCCAGCAAAAAGAAGUAUCAAAUGCCAUUGGCCUGGAGGAAAUAGGCACUGAGAGGCAAGAACCCAAGAAAGAGCAGAAGACAUUUACAGUGGAAGAGGCUGUGGAAACCAUCGGGUUUGGGCGGUUUCAUAUAGCGCUUUUCCUGAUCAUGGGCAGUACUGGUGUGGUAGAAGCCAUGGAGAUCAUGCUAAUAGCUGUUGUUUCUCCACUCAUCCGUUGUGAGUGGCAACUUAAUGACUGGCAGGUGGCUUUAGUGACAACGAUGGUGUUUUUUGGCUAUAUGAUAUUCAGUAUACUCUUUGGACUCUUAGCUGACAGAUACGGCCGCUGGAAGAUUCUGCUGAUCUCUUUCUUAUGGGGGGCCUAUUUCUCCUUGCUGACAUCGUUUUCUCCAUCGUACAUCUGGUUCGUUUUCCUCCGGGCCAUGGUGGGAUGCGGUGUGUCAGGCCACGCACAAGGACUUAUCAUAAAAACCGAAUUCUUGCCUACAAAAUAUCGAGGGUAUAUGUUGCCCUUAUCUCAGGUUUUUUGGUUGGCAGGCUCCUUAUUAAUUAUUGGAUUGGCAUCAGUGAUUAACCCGACCAUAGGCUGGCGUUGGCUGAUCAGAAUCGCUUCUAUUCCAGGCAUCAUUCUCAUCCUGGCAUUUAAGCUACGCUACUCCGCCCCUAGGAGCCAGAGGGACCUGCCGGAUGCUUCCCGGGAGCUGCCCCAGUUCAUUCCAGAGUCUGCUCGGUACAAUGUAUCUACUGGAAAUAACAAAGCCGCCGUUGCAACACUGGAGAGGAUUGCCAAGAUGAACCGCUCAGUAAUGCCAGAAGGGAUCUUGGUGGAGCCUGUUAAUGAAAGAAGAGGUAGAUUCAGUGACCUAUUGGACUCCAAAUACUUACGAACCACUUUGCAAAUAUGGAUCAUAUGGCUUGGAAUAUCUUUUGCUUAUUAUGGCGUCAUCCUGGCCAGUGCUGAGUUACUGGAGCGGGACAUGGUCUGUAGUUUGCAGACAGCAGUGAAGGAGUUGGGGGAUGAUUCAGAGGAAAGCCGCAGCCCAUGUCACUGUCGCUUGUUUGCCCCUUCGGAUUACCGGAUCAUGAUCAUCAGCACAAUUGGAGAGAUUGCAUUAAAUCCCUUAAACAUUCUAGGCAUCAAUUUCCUAGGAAGACGACUGAGCCUGUCUAUAACAAUGGGAUGCACUGCACUAUUUUUUCUCUUCCUUAAUAUCUGCACUACAAGUACGGGUCUGAUCGGUUUUCUCUUCAUGCUGCGUGCCUUGGUAGCAGCAAACUUCAACACCAUCUACAUUUACACAGCAGAGGUUUACCCUACCACAAUACGAGCUCUGGGAAUGGGGACAAGUGGUUCACUAUGUCGGAUUGGAGCUAUGGUGGCACCAUUUAUAGCACAAGUUCUCAUGAGUGCUUCGUUCCUCGGGGCCCUGUGCCUUUUCUCAGGCAUGUGUGUGGUGUGUGCCAUCUCUGCCUUCACUCUGCCCAUAGAGACCAAAGGAAGGGCGCUCCAGCAAAUGAAAUGAAUGAAGACACUCAAAGUUGGUUCUUGUGGGAGAGAAAAAGGAACUUUCCAGCAACCGCUGAAAGGAGGAGGUAUAAUCACUGUUGAAGAGCAUACAAGCUACAUGCUAUCUACAGGAUGCAUUUGGAAAAACUGCUGGGUGCAUGGUCUUUCCUGUGAUUCAAUAAAUAGAUUUCUCCUUCACCCCUGAAGCCUCUUUACUAUUCUCAGUAUUAGUCCUAUGCCACAAGAUGGCUACUAAAAUACAUGGGUCCUAGUCCCCUCUUGGAUUAACUGGUGUUGGACAAGUUGGGAUGGUGGUGUCA